CUGAGGAAAAUCGUGUGCACUAGGGAAGUAUCUGGACAGGAGACAGGGAGGUCGUGCUACGUCAGAGCACUCUGUGCGUGUCUGACUAGUGAUGAAAAAAGCGAACCCAUUCACGUCUACGGCUCCGCUUAUCUGAAUUGAAUGGCUCGUUAUGCCGUGCUAUUUUCUUUCGAUAGCUGCGAUCGAGUCUUUUAAAAGAAACAUUACGGGCUUUGGUCACAACUAGCAUGUUGAAUCGGAGUCUACGAAAUAAUGCUGAAGUUCGAAAGUAAUGCUCAAGGAUGCUAAACCGGCUGGCAAGCCUUCAUUGUUCGGAGGAAAGCGAGUCUUUUGUGCUUUUAUCCCUCAGCUCAUACCGUGCUGUUUUGUCUUUAAUUUGCCGUGCGAUACAGACAGCACCCAGCCCCGCGUCCCGGCAGGCCCCCAGCUGGAGGCCGACCUGGUCACCAUGAACCUGCAUGGGGCCGGCGGGGGCCUCGAACGCUGCGGGGACAGUGACCGCCGGCGCUCCAGCGACCGUUCCCGGGACUCCUCCCACGAGAGGGGUGAGGGUCAGCUGACCCCCUGCAUCAGGAACAUCACCUCGCCCACCCGGCAGCACAACAGUGGUACGGCUGGGACUGAAUCGGCGCACUCUGAAAAUCGUGAGCGGGGGGAGGGAGGUUCUUCCACCAGCUGUUCCAGUCCUCGCCCCCCCCGGGCCACGGUGUCCGUGGGAUCCAGUUGCAUCGCGGUGAACAGCAGCAGGAGUAAGGGUCUGGGCCCCGGUUAUGCUCACGGCCCCUCCGACCUCACCUACGUCUACGAGAAUGCCAAGGAGGGGGCGCGCACGUUACGGACUGCUGAGAGGGUGACCCUGAUUGUGGACAACACACGCUUCGUGGUGGACCCAGCCAUCUUCACCGCUCAGCCCAACACAAUGCUGGGAAGAAUGUUUGGAUCCGGAAGGGAGUACAAUUUCACCAGGCCCAAUGACAAAGGAGAGUUUGAGGUGGCAGAUGGAAUCAGCUCAACCGUUUUCAGAGCCAUCCUGGAUUACUACAAAUCUGGGAUAAUCCGCUGUCCUGAUGGGAUAUCCAUUCCCGAGCUGAGAGAAGCAUGUGACUACCUCUGCAUCUCCUUCGACUACAGCACCAUCAAGUGUAGAGACCUCAGUGCACUCAUGCACGAGCUGUCCAACGAUGGGGCGAGGCGUCAGUUUGAGUUCUACUUGGAGGAGAUGGUGCUGCCGCUGAUGGUGGCCAGUGCGCAGAACGGAGAGCGGGAGUGCCACGUGGUGGUCCUGACGGACGACGACGUGGUGGACUGGGAUGAGGAGUACCCGCCACAGAUGGGGGAGGAGUAUUCCCAGAUUAUAUACAGCACAAAACUGUACAGAUUCUUCAAGUACAUAGAGAAUCGAGACGUUGCCAAAUCGGUAUUAAAAGACAGAGGACUUAAGAAAAUCAGACUGGGAAUUGAAGGUUACCCCACCUACAAGGAGAAGGUUAAGAAGAGACCCGGCGGUCGGCCAGAGGUCAUCUACAACUACGUCCAGAGGCCCUUCAUCCGCAUGUCCUGGGAGAAGGAGGAGGGCAAGAGCCGCCAUGUUGACUUCCAGUGCGUGAAGAGCAAGUCCAUCACCAACCUGGCAGCCGCCGCCGCCGACAUCCCCCAGGACCAGCUGGUCAACCUGCACCCCGGCCCCCAGGUGGAUGAGCUGGACAUCCAGCCCCAGGCCGGCCGGCCCUACGACCCGGAGCUGGAGGCCCCCUCGCCGGCCGUCUGAGGCCGGGACGCUCCGUCGCACCCUCCACGCCCCGUCCUCUCCUGCCGCGGAGCGCCAUAGCGAGGAGCUAGUCGGGGCGGCAGGAACCACAUUGCCUUCUUCGCACCUCUUCUUGCAGCCUUUGCGAGCCAAAAUAAAAUGAACUGUUGUAUAGCGUCGACAGCCAAGGAAGGAGAAGCAAAGCAAACAGUAAACGAUUGCCUCCUUGCACACAUUCUGUGCUGUUUCUUUUCUCUUUUUUUUUUACUGACCAAAGGAGAUUUAUUUUUUAUCAAGAAUAUUUGAUGUUUUCAUUUCAAGGAAAAUACUAGAUUGUAUCAAAAAAAAGACAUGUGUGGGCCUUUCUCGUGAGGUUAGUUGUGGGUGGGGGUGUGUAGUGCUGCUGUGUAGUUACAUUACUGACAACUGUAAACGGUUUGGUUUUCUCCACAUCUUGUUCUCCCGGUUGUGGUGAGGAUGAGAAUGUUCCUGAAUUAGCCCGGCACCAGAGCAGUCGGGGAGGGGGGGGGGAGCUUCACCGUGAUGCUUUGGC